AUGGAGACCCCCAUCAAACUCCAUGGCUACCUGUUUUGCUACCUCCUUCUUAUCCCAACUCUCACCAUAGCUGACACCAUCACUCCCACACAACCUCUCACAGAAAACCAGACUUUAGUAUCCGCCGGUGAGCUCUUCGAAUUGGGUUUCUUCCGACCCGACAACAACUCAGGUAAACUUUACGUUGGUAUCUGGUACAAGAGAAUCGCAGUCAGGACCAUUGUUUGGGUGGCUAACAGAGACAAACCUGUGAGAAAUAGCUCCGGAAUCUUGGGAAUUGGCGAGGAUGGGAAUAUCCAAUUGGUGGACACGACAGGGAAUCCAAUGUGGUCGUCGUCGUUAAACCAGUCCACGGCGAGAAACACAGUCGCCCAGCUCCUGGAUUCCGGGAACUUUGUUCUUCGCCGGGAAAACGAUGAAAACCCGGAGAAUUAUCUCUGGCAAAGCUUUGAUUACCCGACGGACACGUUGUUGCCUGGAAUGAAGCUGGGAUGGGACGCUAAAACAGGGCGAAAUCGAUACAUUUCGUCCUGGAAAACCUCAACCGAUCCCUCCGAGGGCGAUUACACCUUCAAGCUGGACAUCAAUGGCUCCUCCCCAGAAGCUUACUUGAGAAACAGAGACAAAAUUAUUCAUCGCAGUGGCGCUUGGAAUGGAAUCCGGUUUAGCGGCGCCCCGGGGAUUGGAACGGAAGAAUCCAUCACUUUCUCUUUCGUGAAUAUAAAACAAGAAAUUUUCUACACGUUUGAGAUUCAGAACAGGACUUUAUCCUCGAGAUUGCUGGUGAAUUACACCGGGUAUCUCGAGCGGUCGACCUGGAUUGAAGCGAAUCGGAUUUGGAACGUGUUCUGGUACGGGCCGAGAGACCAGUGCGACUAUUACAAAGUAUGUGGUACGUUUGGGAUUUGCGACACUAACGAUUCCCCCGUGUGCGAAUGUUUGGUCGGGUUUAAGCCCAGAAACCAACAGGCCUGGGAUUUGCGCGACGGGUCGGAGGGGUGUUUGCGGGUCCACGAAACGGUCUGCGAAACCGACGGGUUUUUAACGGUGGAGUACAUGAAGUUGCCGGAGACUACAACGGCGUUUGUGGAUGCGGCGAUGAGUUUGGAUGAGUGUAGGGAAAUGUGCGUUAGGGAUUGCUCCUGCACGGCCUACACUAACUCCAAUAUUAGCGGCGGCGGGUCAGGAUGCAUUAUCUGGACGGCGGAGCUUGUGGAUAUGCGGCGGUUCUCGGCGGGGAGCGGCCAACCUUUCUACGUCCGGGUGGCUGCUUCCGAUGCAGAUGAAAAUGGAGCUGUUGCAAGAACUGGAGACGAUAGCUCUGGCAAGAGAAAAAAGAUAAUCUUAGCUUGUGGCAUCACAUUUGGCAUUGGCCUUUUUCUAUUUGGAUUGUUUCAAUUGAAGAGAAGAAAAUCAAGAAGAGUUAAUAGGAGAACGACAGAGUUUAGAGGAGAAAGAGGAGGGGAUCAUCUAAUGAAUGCAAUUGCUAUCUCAAAUAAGAGAGAGCUUUCUGGGGAAACCAUUACAACGGAUGAGUUUGAAUUACCAAUCUUUGAUCUUAGCACCAUUGUUAUGGCAACUGACAACUUUGCCAUUGCAAAUAAGCUAGGGCAAGGUGGUUUCGGUUCUGUUUACAAGGGAAUACUGGUUGGAGGUGAAGAAAUAGCAGUGAAGAGACUAUCAAAGAAUUCGGGACAAGGAGUAGAAGAAUUCAAGAAUGAGCUUAAAUUGAUUGCAAGACUCCAACAUAGAAAUCUAGUUCGGCUUUUUGGUUGUUGUGUUGAUAAUGAGGAGAAAAUGCUAGUAUAUGAAUACAUGGAAAACAAGAGCCUGGAUUCCAUUUUAUUUAAUAAACAGAAGAGCUCACUGCUUGACUGGAAAACACGCUUCAACAUCAUUUGCGGAAUUGCUCGUGGACUUCUAUAUCUUCACCAAGAUUCAAGGUUCAGAAUUAUUCAUAGGGAUCUCAAAGCAAGCAACAUUCUUCUCGACAAAGAAAUGAAUCCUAAAAUAUCUGACUUUGGCAUGGCAAGAAUUUUCGGGGGCGAUGAAACAGAAGCAAAUAACACAAUAAGAGUGGUUGGAACAUAUGGUUACAUGUCACCUGAAUAUGCAAUGGACGGUCUAUUCUCAGUGAAAUCCGAUGUUUUUAGCUUCGGAGUUCUGGUGCUAGAAAUAGUGACGGGGAAGCAUAAUCGAGGCUUCUACAAACAAAACAACGAAGAGAACCUUCUUGGGCUCGCAUGGAGAUUGUGGAGAGAAAGAAGAGGGUUAGAACUACGUGAUUCAACUAUGACUUCAGAAGCAUAUUCAGAAAGGGAUGAUGAUCAAGUAAUGAGAAGCAUACAAGUAGGGUUGUUAUGUGUUCAGGAGAAAGCUGAAGAUAGACCAAAUAUGGCAACAGUUAUGUCUAUGUUGAGUAGUGAAGGGGCCUUGCUUCCACAGCCUAAACAGCCAGGAUUUUGCCUGGGGAAUAAUGCUGCCAUAACAAGUUCAUCUUCAAGUAAUCAUAAUCAUCAAUCUCUCUCUUUGAAUCAGCUUACAGUCACUGCACUACAGGGAAGAUAUCUUCAUGCACUAUACUUGGCAUUAUUAUGUUUUCUUUCAUUUCUUCCUUCAUUUUCCCCUUCUACGGACACCAUUGCCUUCAACCAGUCUUUGAAAGACGGCGAUGUCAUCAUCUCCAGCGGCAACACCUUCUCUCUCGGCUUCUUCACCCCGGGGAACUCUCGCCGGCGUUACGUCGGCAUUUGGUACAACGCCGUCUCACAACAGACCGCCGUUUGGGUAGCCAACAGAAACAACCCCAUCAACGGCACAUCCGGGGUUCUUUUCCUAGACGACACCGGAAACCUCGUCCUGCGCGAUGAAAGAAGGAAUGUUUCUGUUUGGACGAGUAAUGUUUCUUUUCCGGCGAAGACAGUGGUGAAGAAACAUUCGGCUCAGCUUCUGGACACUGGAAACCUCGUACUUUUGCUCCAGGACGAUAAGGGAAACCGCGUGAUUGCUUGGCAGAGCUUUCAUCAUCCCACGAACACGAUUUUGCCGUACAUGAAAUUCGGGAUAGACAAGAAGGCGGGCCUGGACUGGGCUCUGAGAUCAUGGAAGGCUCCCGACGAUCCCGGCGAAGGUCAGUAUCUUUACCGGCUGGAGACGAAGGGGAUACCGCAGGAGUUUAUGUAUAGAGGCUCUGAACGGAUAUGGAGAGCCGGGCCCUGGAACGGGUUUGGGUGGAGUGGGGUGCCGGAAAUGAAAACCCAGUUCUUCUUCAACCUAACCUACUUUGAAAAUGACGACAAGGUAAGUCAAAUGUACGCCAUCGAUGGGCCAUCCGUUUUCUCAAGAAUCGUGUUGAACGAGUCAGGGAAAAUGGAAGGGCUGACAUGGGACAUGGGGGAGAGCAAAUGGGAAGGGUUCUGGUUCGCACCGAAGGACCAAUGCGACGACUACGAACACUGCGGCGCGUUUAGCAAAUGCAACCCGUACGAGGCGGCCGAGGAUUUCGAGUGCACAUGCUUGCCGGGGUUCAAGCCGCGGGAGGAGCGGGACUGGGACUCUAGAGAUGGGCUGCGAGGGUGUGGGAGGAAGAACGGAGAGAAUGCGUGCAGGAAUGGCGAAGGGUUUGCGAAGCUGACACGGAUGAAGAUCCCCGACACUGAAAUGGCGGUGGUGAACAUGAGCAUGGAGCUCAAAGAAUGCGAGGAGGUUUGCCUCAGGAAUUGCUCGUGCACCGGAUUUGCCACCGCGAAUGUGAGUGCCGGAGGGAUUGGGUGCAUCACUUGGUACGAUGACUUGAUUGAUAUGAAGGAGUUCACAGAUGGGGGAGGCCAGGAUAUGUACAUUAGAAUCUCUGCAUCUGAGUUAGCUAAAUUGUCCAACAAGUCUGAAGAGAAUUCCCAUGAGAGAAGACUGGUGGCGAUAGCGGUAGUGUCUCUGAUUGCAGUGGUUCUUGCGCUCUACUUGGCAUAUUAUGUGGUUAUGAAGAAGAAGGGAGACAAGAAAGGCUUACAAAGAAACAGUAUGCUAAGCUUAAACAGCAGCUUAGCAUCCUAUCAGGACUCAUCAAUGGCGGAGGAGAUGAACGAAAGCGGGCCAACAGACGUGUUAAUAUUUGAUCUGAACACCAUAAUUUCAGCCACGGCUAACUUCUCUCUUGAAAACAAACUCGGAGAAGGCGGUUUUGGUCGUGUUUUCAAGGGUCAGCUAUCAAAUGGACAAGAAAUAGCUGUAAAAAGGUUGUCAAGAAAUUCAGGACAAGGGGCAGAGGAAUUCAAAAAUGAAGUCACACUUAUUGCUAAACUCCAACACAGAAACCUUGUGAGGCUUUUAGGCUGUUGCAUUCAGCAAGGAGAGAAGAUGUUGGUAUAUGAAUACUUGCCAAAUAAAGGCUUGGACACUUUUAUAUUUGACAGUACGCGGGGAUCAAUGUUAGAUUGGAAAAAACGCUUUGAAAUCAUUUUGGAAAUUGCACGAGGGCUAUUAUAUCUCCAUCAAGAUUCUAGAUUGAGAAUCAUUCAUCGGGAUUUAAAGGCAAGCAACGUUUUGCUAGAUGCUUGUAUGCAUCCGAAGAUUUCAGAUUUCGGAAUGGCAAGAAUUUUUGGAGGAGACCAAAUCGAAGCAAGCACAAAGAGAGUAGUUGGAACAUAUGGUUAUAUGUCACCUGAAUACGCAAUGGAGGGCUAUUUUUCUAUGAAAUCUGACGUGUAUAGCUUCGGUGUGUUACUAUUGGAGAUUAUCACCGGUAGAAAGAACAGCCAAUACCAUGAAAGCUCCAUGAACUUAGUUGGAUAUGUAUGGGAUUUUUGGAGAGAGGAGAAGGCUUUAGAGGUUGUUGAUCCAGUAGUAGGUAACUCAUACGAGGCUGGGGAAGUCCUGAGAUGCAUACACAUAGGGCUAUUGUGUGUGCAAGCACAUCAAAACGACAGACCGGCCAUGUCAGAUGUGGUUUUCAUGUUGUGCAACGAAACAACUCUUUCUUCUCCAAACCCACCAGGGUUUAUAGGCAGACAAUCUGGGAAUUAUGCUGCACACUCCUCCACAGCACCAAACACAAGUACUGCUGCAGAUAUUAUUAGUUGCAUGUCUGUUAAUGAUAUGUCAAUUACUAUAGUAGAAGGUCGCUAAAGCCCAGAUGUUAAUAGAAAUUUGUAAAUUAUUACAAGAGUCGAGUCUAUGUAUGUACCAUAUAAGCUUCUUAUCAUCAGAUCAAUUUCUUGUAGCUUUUAGCAUUAUUUUGUUGUGUUUUUCAUGUUUAACAGUCCCUAUUAAAGGCUAGGGUUUGAAAACUGGUGUGUAAACUCUUUUUCAUACCAUCCCGGCCAGGCAAGAAAUUGUGGUGUGAUUCUUUCACUUAUUGAACUAGUUGUUUGGGA